GUUUUAUUUAAAAUUAAAAAAAAAAAAUAUUUCCAUCGUCUCGUGCUAUGCUUGAUUCCCAGCUUGUUUAUUUAUUUUAUUUUAGGCCCAUCAACAUAAUUAACACACCGAGAGUGACUCGUGGACAAGCUUCAACUCGUGCUCUUCCGAAGGCCAUCCGGGCGAGUUGAACAACCGCCCUAGCCCAGCGUAACCUGGAGAGGCAUACACCUAUCCGAGAGUCAUCGCACGAAAGGAGGGGCACUACAAGGGCGAGGGAAUCGCCCAAACCGCCGUCCAGUGAUAAAAACAAAUGGCUAAGCUGGUCCACACAUUGAGAAGGAAAGGGCGCGUUUCCGAUCCAGCCUAUGAGAUGCCGCAAGAGAGAGGAGGCAGGGCGAAGGAACCACGAACCGCCCGAAGCCUUGCGAAACUGCUCAAAACUGGGCGCAACUCCCGAAUAUCAGACACUAUUCCCUCGGACUUGGUCGUUAACUGUUCACCACAUCAUGAUGCGGAAACUUCUUGCACUGCUGGUCUUGGUGGUUGCGUCGCGUGCCAUACCCGUGCCGGAACCUAAGGGACGGAUCAGCGCGCCAACUCAGACGGACAUCAUCGGGAGCCAACAGCCGACGGCCAUAGGAGGAGAGAAGAUUCCGAUCAUAGAAGAAAAGAUUCCGGGCUCCUACAGUGCCGAGUUGGCAGGACCAAACCACCAGGCAGUCGGGCAUGUGACGAAAGCGGACAAGACUGAUGAUAAACAUCCAGAGAAGUUUCCGGAGAAGGUGCCAGAAAGAGUGCAUCACGAAGGUACUAGCGAAGAACACAAGAAGGACGUGCAUAAGGUCGUUGAUCAGGCUACACCCAGCCACACCGCGGUAGAGCCCAAGGUCGAACCAACUCCAGUUAAGGUGUCAACCUUCUCCGCGGGAGAAAUAGGUACCAAGGACAUACCCACUAUUGGUAACAAGGAGAUACCCACAAUCGGCAGCAAGGACACACCCAACAUCGGCUCUACAAGCUUGAAGAACGUGGAUGGCGAGGUGAUUGUCCCAGUUCCAGAGGUCGCGAGGCUCGACGUUGAGAGGACAGAGGUUGCACCGCCGUACGAGACACGCGCUGACGCUACAGACUUCGUUGAAGGCGUAGAUGAAACCGGGAGGGACGAGAAGGUCCCCGGAGGCGUAGAGCAGUUCGGAUCCAUCCUCGAGUUCAGCAAGUAUGAUAGCAACGGCGACGGCGUGAUCGACAUCGACGAGUGGAACAUCAUUCAUGGAGGGCACGAGAAGAUCACGGGCCAGUUUCAUGUGGCCGAUACCAAUGGUGAUAAGCAGCUUGAACAAACUGAGUUCCAAGGGGCCACGUGGUACAACGAAGCCGACCCCAGCAUCCCGAUCUCAGGCAUCGAGAGCCCACCCUCUGUGGACGUCGCCAGGGACGCCCUCAUGCUGGCCAUCGAGGAACAGGCGGCCGCCAGUGGAAUCCCAAGUCCCGUGAUCCCAGCCAUUCCCUCGACCGAACUUCGCUACAUCAUGGAUGACGUCGAGCGGAGCGCGCAGAGCGUCCCUGUGGUUCCCGUUGACAUCUUGGUCGUGGACGACGGCGUGGCUCCAGGCAUUCCUGCCCCAAUCCCUGCCAAGCCGACCCUCGUGACCACGGGACAUGUGGACGUCUCCGAAGUUCCAAAAGAACAUGAAGCUGCGAAGGGCACACAUGUGAAGCAUCCUGAAGGAACCCACAAGAACAAGCCUGAGGUGUCUCAAGUUCCUCCGCUCACAGACAAAGUUGAGAAGACAAAGGAAGGAGCUUCGCAUGAGGUCCCUUCGGUUAAGAAGACCGACUGAGUGUUGCGACCGCGAGGACUGGUUCUGAAGUUAAGCAUCGCAACGCUAGUUUAAGCUGCCAUUUUCGCUGAGCGGAUUUCAUUUUCUUACCAUAGGUACCCUAGCGCACUGUUCUGUGACAAGAUAAUCCUUCAGUUGUGUAGCGUAAUUGAUGUUUUGUUUGUGUUGUUAUUUGUUUGUGUUGAACGCCAGGCUACUACUUAAUUUAUUGAGGCCGAAUGAGUUAUGUCUUGUUAAGAAUGACCUUGUCUUAAAUACGAAACAUUUUUGCUGUUUCACUAUUUGUCUCAUUUAAAUGAAAAACAAUAAUUCGAAGGGAGUGUUUUGGCUCUUUUUGGUGAUCUUAGUCGUCUCAUCCAUUUUGCUCUAGUUUUUUUUUUUAAUAAACAAGAACAAAACCGA